AUGUCCCUGGAGGGUUGAAGAGGCUGGCAUUAAUUCAAAAAUACUUGAGAAAACCAGAGGUCCGGCAGCUCCUUAUCCUCAGUGUGAACCUAGAGCUGCCUGUGUUCACAUGGAUUCCCCACUCUUCUGGCUGCUUGUAGCACUAUCAGUGCCUACGACACAUGGCCAUAUGAACCUACAAAGCGGCUUGCAGCUGGGUGCUAUGAUUAAAUGUAGCACAGGGCGUAUGCUCUCCUACAUAGGGUACGGUUGUUAUUGUGGACUCGGAGGGAAAGGCUGGCCACGGGACCGCACAGAUUGGUGCUGCUUUAAUCAUGACUGCUGUUAUAGGAGAGCGGAGUCUGUUGGUUGUCGUCCCAAGUCUCAUACCUACAACUGGUAUUGCAACAAAGCCAAUAAAAUACCAAGAUGUAAGGCAUACAAUACCAGAUGUCAAGAGAAGAAUUGUGAAUGUGAUGUGGAGUUAUCAAAAUGCUUAAAGAGGGCGAAUUACCAGAACAGAUAUGCGUUAUGGUCCAAUUUCCUUUGUGGCAAUUCAAAGCCAAGGUGUUAAGGCCUUGGGAGAGAAAAAUCGAUGCCUAUUGUGAAUUGUUAAUUAUGCCUGAGCAUGAAACUAGCUUUGAUUUAACUCAGUAUAAGGAGUCAGCAACAAAGGCUUUUCACUGUACCUCGGUACACAUGACAAUAAAC